CUAAUAUAUUUAGCGUCUGGUUUUACUUUUCACCGGUUCUUUCUAGGUUCUUACUUACUGUGCUUCAAUAAUGGAGGACUUAAGAUUUCAUAUAGUGGACUAUGUUGUUAUGGCAUUGUUUCUUGUUAUAUCCUCCAUUAUAGGAGUAUAUUAUGGCUUUUUCAAAAAGCAGUCCACGACGGAGGAUUACCUGCUUGGUGGUCGUCAGAUGCACCUGUUUCCAGUAGCGCUGUCCUUACUAGUUACAUAUCAGUCGGCGAUAUCUGUUUUAGGUGUUCCAGUUGAAGUUUACCUGUAUAAUAUAAUGAUGUUCUACAUGUACAUUGCUAUUGGCAUUGCAAACUUUAUGCAAGCGACUUUGAUAGUUCCGCUUAUGUAUCCUCUGAGACUGACAAGCACAUAUGAGUAUCUAGGGCUACGCUUCCGGUCAAGGUCAGUCCAGCUUCUAGGCACAGUUAUUGGAAUGUUGCAAACGCUUUUGUACAUGAGCGUUGUUCUUCUCGCCCCAGCGCUUGCGUUAGAAGCAGUUGCUGGAGUUCCACUGUGGUUGUCAAUUAUUAUCAUUGGAUUUAUUGGUACUGUUUACACAUCUAUUGGAGGAAUGAGGACCGUGAUAUGGACGGAUGUUUUCCAGUUUAUAGUUUUAUACGGUGGACUUACGGUCAUUCUAGUAAUGGGCGGAUUAAAGAUCGGUAGCUUCACAAAAAUCUUUGAACUUGCCUACGCAGGGAAAAGAACUGCAUUUAAUGAAAUCAGUGUUGACCCAAGAGUGCGCCACACUGUGUGGGGUCUUUUGAUUGGUGGGAUAUUCCAAUGGUUGCCAAACUGUUGCAAUCAGUCAGCUGUUCAGAGAAUUUGUUCAAUGAAAUCUGCAAGAGACGCAAAAAUAUCAACAUACCUGAGCAUUCCUCUCAUGUUGAUUUAUGGCCUAAUUCUCAGUAUGACUGGACUACUGUUGUAUGCAUAUUUUGUGAAUGAAGAAUGUGGCCCCAUUGCAGCAGGGAAAAUUGGAAACGCCAACCAGUUGAUGCCAUACUUUGUAAUGCACGUUCUGAAUGAUGUUCCAGGACUAGGUGGCAUAUUCAUUGCAGCUUUGUUUAGCGGAGCGUUAAGUUCGUUGUCAUCAGGCAUUAAUGCAAUGGCAGCCAACACUCUCCAGGAUAUUCUUGUAAAUUGUUUAGAAAACAUCACACAAAAGAGGAAAACACUGUUUGCACAAUUAAUAGUAUUUGUUUAUGGCACACUGGCAGUGGUUAUGGCGUACAUGGCUCGUAACCUCUCUGGUCCGGUUACACAGAUGGCACUUUCAGCAUUUGGGUCGGCAGGUGGUCCUGUCGUCGGGAUAUUUUUUCUUGGAGCAAUGUUUCCGCAGGCGAACUGGAUUGGAGCCUUCACUGGAGGGAUUGUUAGUAUUGCUAUCAACAUGUGGAUAGCUAUGGGUUCGUUUAUCUAUGGAUACCCCGCCGAGAAAUCUCCAGCAGUACCGACAACAGGCUGCUUCACGAACUCCUCGAAUCACAUGAAUGGAACGUCUUAUAUGUAUGGCAAUAUACAAAAUGCAACUCACUUUUUUGUGUCUGAAAGCCCAGUCUUAACGACGACAGAUGUAAGUGUGCCAACAGUGAGUGGUCAUCUUGUAAUUUACGAUAUGUCCUACACUUACUUUGGUUUAUUGGGGUUUCUUUUGACAAUGAUAAUUGGACUUACAGUGAGUUUACUGACAGGAAAGGAGAAACACCAUAAAGUAGAAGCAGACUAUAUAUUUCCAUGUCUUAGAGAUUUCUGGAAACUGGAAUAUAAACCAGUAUCACCCACUGUACCGGGAUCAUACACAUUCGAAUUCAAGGAAAACGGAGACAUGAAAGAGGUCACUGAAAUACCAGAGCAGAUAUUGAAAUCAAUGGAAAUUACAGUGAAAACUUAAAGCUUUACUGUGUCUUUUAAUUUAAAUUCAGUCACAUAAACAAGAAAAGUUUUGGAAAGAAGCGCAGCAACUUUUAAGAGCCACCAAGUGUAAAAGUGCUUUAAUUCGGUAUAAUUUUUACCCUUUUACAUAUGGCCUUUAAGCAGUAACUCAUUCUAACAAUGCCUAUGUUGCAGUGUUUUAGUAAAAUUGGACAAGCAUUUCGCUGAAAAACGCGGACGGAUUAUCAGUAUGUAGUACAAUGUCAGUGCUACUGAUGAAAAUGGUAAGUACCAUUCAGGUCAGUAGACGUUCCGACCAUCAGGCCGACCUAUUUUUGAAUAACGGUAUCUGAUCAAUUUCAUUAUUAGCGAAAUGAAUAUAUCUUGAACAACCACAUGUACAUGUACAUUCAAUUUGUCUUAAUUAUAGAUAAUAGUUUAGAAUGCAUUUUCGUAGCGAAAGUAUUGUUUGCACGCAACACAUACACAAAAGAACUCCCACGUGUUUUUUUCCGAAGUCUGAACCUUUGUUGUCAUAUUUGUUCCUUUAUUUAUACCCAAGAAAAACUCGUCUUAUUACCGGACAUAUAUUGUUAUUGCAAACUGCGGUUAAUACAGACUAAAGAGACGAUUCACGCUUCGGCUUAAAGUUAUAACUAUAGAAUAUUAUCAAAGCUUAGUCUAGCGACCAAAUGCUACCACUUAAUUCAGAGUGAGUUAGAAACAAGAUCAAACAUUCUGAUAUGCAUAUUAUGAAUUGAAGCAAGAAAGAGAAAUUACUUGGUAACAGAGUAAAGUAUAUAACAAAAUUUGGGAAAUGUUUAUUUAUUUAUCUUCUUUUAUGUUGUGAGAGUUUGUUUAAAGUUAAAUUAUAAAAGGACAUCGGACAUUAUGCUAGGGAUUUUGCCCUAAGUUCAAUGCUAUUUCUUGACUUCAGUAGCUGAAAGUUUUAUAUAACGGCUUCAAAUACUGAUAAAUAAGUUAUAUUCCUAUCAAACUGUCACAAAAAUAGUUUUAUUUCAUAUUCGUUUUCUUAAAAUUCGAACAGUUUGUAACUAAGAGUCAUAUUUUUGAAAAAUUUAAAAUGUGUAUUUUUAGUUGAAAUAAGCAUUAGUAUUUAAGGUAUGUCUACUAUGAAAUAUUUUAACACAAUAAAUAAACUGAUACCAUACAGA